AUAAAAAGGGCCAACCAAGUCAUUUUGUGAAUGCCUUCAAAGAACCCUACAGUAAUUGGAUGAGAUACGUCAAUUGUGCUAGAUCAGAAUCAGAACAGAAUGUAGUGGCGUUUCAGUACAAAGGACAGAUCUAUUACAGAUCUUUUAAAGACAUUCCUGCAGGAACAGAGCUCUUGGUAUGGUAUGGUAAUGACUAUGGGAAAGAACUAGGGAUAUAUAGAGAAGAAAUUGAUGUUACUCCGAAAAUUGUGAAUGGAGAGGAAGUGUUCUGCUGUCCUUGGUGUCAAAUGGGAUUCAGCAGCAAAGAAUAUAUUGGAAAACACUGUAAAUACAAACAUGGAUACAGUUUGUUUAAGGAUAUCAAGUCAUAUUUAAGGACUGAGGAUAUAUUUCCGUGCCAGCAUUGCAAACUCUGCUUUAGCACCUCUGAUUUCCUUAAAAGACAUGUUUUGCAUUGCCAAAAGAAAGGAAAAGAAAAUAGUGUUUGUUCACAUUCAGUUAAAUCUGUAGAGUGCCAGGUUGAAAGACAAAUAAAAAGGAGAUUAUCUGAUAUCCUUACUGAUACGGAAGUGAGCAAGAACAUCACCAUUGGUGACAAUAUAUCAAAACCUGCAUAUUCCAGGCAUAUUGAAUGGGAAGAUAAAAUUUCUGAAGAACUACCAAGAGAUCAAUGCAAAUAUUCGGAAAAAAUAUUUUCUUCCUCAAAAGAAAUAUCAAACAACCUAGAUCAUGUAGAGAAUACAACCAUGAAUGAUAAGAGCACAAAAGUAAUAUCUGUAACAAAUCCUUAUAAAUGCAUGGUUUGUGAUAAGGUGUUUAAUCAGAGUGAAAAUUUAUAUAGGCACAUGUUAACACAUACAGGUGAUAAUUCUUGUGAUGUGUGUGGGAAGGCAUUCAGACAAUCAAGUGACUUACAGAGACACAUGAGGACACACACAGGUGAGAAGCCUUAUAGAUGUGAUGUGUGUGGGAAGGCAUUCAACGUGUCACAGAACUUACAGACCCACAUGAGGACACAUACAGGUGAAAAGCCUUAUAAAUGUGAUGUGUGUGGGAAGGCAUUCAACCGGUAUCAUAGCUUACAGACACACAUGAGGACACAUACAGGUGAUAAGCCUUAUAGAUGUGAUGUGUGUGGGACGGCAUUCAGACAAUCAGGUGACUUACAGAAACACAUGAGGACACAUACAGGUGAUAAGCCUUAUAAAUGUGAUGUGUGUGGGAAGGCAUUCAACCAGUCACAGAACUUGCAGACCCACAUGAGGAUACAUACAGGUGAUAAGCCUUAUAAAUGUGAUGUGUGUGGAAAGGCAUUCUCUGAUCAGAGUUACUUUAGAAAACACAGGAGGAUGCAUUCGAACAGGUGAUAAUCUUAAAUGAAGUGUCAAUGGGAAGUUACACGGCCAGUCAUUAAUUAGUUUAUUUAUAGCGACGAUGCAUGAGGAUACACUGUGAAAAAAAUAGUUCCAAUGUAUGCAAUGUGCUUUAUGAUAAAUAUUUUUAAAGAGACGCAUAAGAAAUCAAGAAACAGAAGGAGAUACUUAAGCUUAAGGAUAUUUGUAUUGAUUAUAU